CCGGACAGUCUGUAGGCCGCCGCGAUGAAGCACCUACUCACCGCACUCGUCACCCUGCUCAGCCUGCUGCCGCGGGACGAGGUCCUGGGCUCGGGACCUCCCUGUCCGCGUCGCUACCUGCGCAGGAUCAACGGCAAGUGCUACUACUUCUCGGUGAAGAAGAUGAACUGGUUCGGGGCACUGAACAACUGCCUGCGGAAGGGACUCACCCUGGCGGACCUGAGCAACCAGCGGGAUUUCGACGGGGCUGUGGGCUUCCUCAGCGGGCUGGGCAACACGGAGGACUUCUGGUUCGGGGGCAACGACCUGUACCACGAGGGCCGCUUCCAGUACAUCAGCAACGGGCGGCUGGUGCGCUACUACAGCAACUACAGCAACGUGCUGCCCGUGGAGCACUCCGAGUGCGACGACUGCCUGGAGGUGCGCGUCCGCUCCCAGAUCAACAUGGUAUCGGCGGACAACUGCCAGGAGCGGCAGUACUUCAUCUGCUCGGAGCGCUACUGCCAGGAGCUGGACGAGGGCAAGAAGCCGAAGCACCACAGCCACGAGCACCUCCACCACUUCCACCACGACGUCGGCGACAGCGGGGACGGCGAGGCGGAGGAGGAGGCGGCCGACCGCCAGGAGCCCAUUGCCAGCGGGUCCGCGGAGCAGGAGGAGCAGGACUCGGAGGCGGCGGCCGCAGCACCGGACGUGCCGGAUGUGGAGGUCCCACCUGAGCCGGAAGUGCCUGGCGGAUCGCCAGCUCCGGGAACCGAAGCCCCCGGAGGAGCAGAGAACCCUGCGACCGGAGAGGGAGCCACUCCCACUGCGGCUGCCGGCGAGGGAGAAGCCACCACAGCAGCGGCGGCUGUAGCCGAGGGAGCCACCCCCGCCCCCGCCCCUGGAGGAGAAGCCCCCGCAGCAGCAGUGACUCCUGGCGCCGAAACUCCGGCUCCAGCCUGAGCUGUGGAGCACCGCCCCAUCCAAUCCCGUCCCUCCCCACGAUCACAAAUAAACGAGAGCCGAGCAUAAGAACAGAUCUUUGAGAAUAUCAUAAACUAGAUUAAAUAUCCUACAACUUGGAUGCGUCACUGUAA